AUGUCCAAUCUUUUGACUCAGCGACAAGCUGAAGAGCUCCACAAGUCCUUGAUCGCCUACCUCACUGCCGCCGGCUUGACAAACACGGCCGCGUCCCUCCGCGAAGAACUAAACAUCGGCGACGAAUUCGAUGAUGCUACGCGAAGGAAAUAUGAGGGUUUGCUGGAGAAGAAGUGGACCAGCGUAGUCCGCUUGCAAAAGAAGAUAAUGGACCUCGAAUCACGCAACACAACCCUACAAACAGAACUCGAUACUGCCACUCCUACUUCACUGUCGCGUCGCAACCACGAUCCCGCCACCUGGCUACCACGAUCCCCAGCCCGCCACACCCUUCAAUCCCACCGUCAAUCCGUCACAUGUGUCGCCUUUCAUCCCGUCUUCUCCUCUCUGGCCUCGGGUUCUGAAGAUGCUACAAUCAAGAUUUGGGACUGGGAGCUGGGUGAACUCGAACGCACAAUUAAAGGUCACACAAAAGGUGUCCUCGAUAUCGACUAUGGUGGUCCGCGCGGAGGCACGCUUUUGGCCAGCUGUAGUUCCGAUCUGACCAUCAAGCUUUGGGACCCUAGCGACGAAUACAAAAAUAUUCGCACUCUACCAGGCCACGACCAUAGUGUAUCGGCGGUGCGCUUCAUCCCUUCGGGUGCGGCUGGUGCCCCAUCGAGUGGAAACCUCUUGGCCAGUGCUAGUAGAGACAAGACCAUCAGGAUCUGGGACGUCACGACUGGGUACUGCGUCAAGACCAUUCGUGGUCACGCUGAUUGGGUGCGCGAUGUCGCUCCCAGUUUCGAUGGCCGCUGGCUCCUCUCGGUCGGAAACGACCAGACCGCUCGCUUGUGGGACACCCAAUCUGGCGAUGCAAAGGUCACCUUUGUCGGCCACGAGCACGUAAUCGAAUGUUGUACAUUUGCUCCAGCAGCAGCAUAUUCUCAUUUGGCAUCGAUGGCAGGCCUCAAGAAAGCUCCUCCAUCAACCAGCUCCGCAGAGUUUGUCGCUACCGCUGGUCGCGACAAACUCAUCAAGUUGUGGGACGCUCGAGGAACCUUGAUCAAAACACUUGUCGGGCACGAUAACUGGGUGCGAGCUCUGCUGUUCCAUCCAGGAGGCAAAUAUCUCCUCAGUUGCGCGGACGACAAAACGAUACGCUGCUGGGAUUUGUCGCAAGAAGGUAAAUGUGUCAAAACUAUUGAUGACGCCCAUGGUCACUUCGUCAGCAGUAUGCGCUGGGCGCCAGGUGUGAUCAAGGAUGCUGCAGCUGCCAACAACGAUGCUGCUACCAACGGAUCCAAAACGGGUGAUGAAGCGGCCAAAGUCAGCAUCCGCUGUGUCAUUGCAACAGGCAGUGUCGAUCUGAACGUCCGAGUCUUUGCAUCAUAG